AUGACAAAAGAUAGUGACUGCGUGUUGAAUGUUCAAGCCUUAGAGUUGGAUACUCGAGACGAACAUAGCGCUUAUAUUGUUGCACACCUUGAGCGCAUAAUGAAAGAACGAGAUAUUUAUGCGAAUAGUUUAUUUGAAAUUGCCAAUGAACAUGAAAGCGAUGAAGGAAGUAUGACCACUGGAUCAUCCUCAGUGUCGAGUGAAAUUUCUAGACCCAAGCAACAAGAAAUUAGAUACGAAAAUCGCACGCCCUCACCAACAUCGCAAGAAAAACACAACAAUGUCGAAUUGGCAUCAAUAAAGGCCGAAUUCCGGCGAUUAAGAAAUUUAACGUAUAAUUCAAGAUUUUUUUUUUUUCAAGAUAUUUGGCGAUUUGAAACAUUGCAUUCUAAUAGAAAACUUAAAGAACGCUUAGAUCGUAAAUGAGAAGAGAAAGACGAAAUGAUUGCUGAAUUAAAAGAAGAGCUUGAGGCUCGUGAUUCAGAUUUGCUUAAACUUCAGCAGGAACGCUUAGAACUGAUUAAAGAUGCCAGAGCAGCUAAGGAUUAUCGGGAUGAGCUCGACUGUCUCCAGCAAAAAGUGAUCGAUCUUGAAAAAAUGAGAAGCGAAAAUGAUAGAAUGAAGAAAAAAUUGGAAGAAAUGGAAUUUUUCAAGUCUCGAGUCGCUCAACUAAAGGAAGAAAAUGAUUUGAUCCAUGAAUCGUGUUCAGUAUUGGAAGAACAACUUGAACAACUUCAAAGGAAAGCUGGAGCUCAUUUUGAUGUCGAGCAAAAACUUACUGAGUGCCAAAACCAAGUUAAGCUUCAUCUCAAUGACCUGGCUGAGGAACGUAAAAAACGUGAACAAUUACUAAUUGAAAAUGGACGACUCGAAAGGGAAUUAGAAUUUGAACGACAUAAUAACGCUGCAUUAUUACGUAAAAUUGAAAAUUCGAAUGAACCAACAAGUGCUCGGGAAAAUUUUGAUUCACUGGGAAGUCAACUAGCAGAUGACGAUAAAAAGCGAAUUUUACAAUUAGAAUUAGAAAAUCGUAAACUGCGUAGUAAAAUUGAUAAUUCAAGCGAACCGGACGAUUCUGGUCCAUUACGAGCAGAGUUAUUGCGUACUGAGAUUGAGCUUUCCCAAAAGACUGAACAGUGUUUAAUGGCUGAUCGACAAAUUCAGCAGUUUGAACUAACUCUUAGUCAGCUUACCGCCCAAUACAAAGCGGUUUGCGAUUUGUGUGAGGCCAUAAAAGAAGAACGAGAUGCAGCACAACAAAAUUUGCAGGAAGCUCGUCGUAAUUUUUCUGAAUUCCAGUCACACUUUCAAAAUGAAUUAAAGACUGAUCUUAGUAAUAAGUUAAAAAUAAUGGAAACAUCACUGAAAGAAUCUGAAGAAAAGUCGGAACGUUAUCGAGAUGAAAAGAUAAGUUUGGAAAAGCAGCUAGAGGCAAUGAAUAAAAAUGAAAAAGAAAAAGCAAUCUUGGAAAAAAAAUUAGAAAUGCUUCGAGAUGAUCACAAUAACCUACAAAUCGAAGCCGAUGACUUGAAAUAUCAAUUAGAAAUAUUAAAACAAUCAAUGGUUUCGCUUGAACGACAAAAAAGAGAUCUUGAAAAGGAGAAAAAUAUGCUAAAAGAAAAAGUGGAAUCAAUUGAAAUUAAAUAUGACGAUGCAAAAGUAAAAUUAAUGAAUAUGGAGAACUUAGAAAAGAAAUUAGCUGCAAAUGAAAAAAAUUUUCUUGAAAAGCAGAAUAAAAUCUGUGAUCUCGAAUCAGAAAAUCGCCAGCUGAACCAUAGAGUAAAACUGGAAAUAGAAAAAACUGAUCGAUUUCGUGAUGAUCUCAUUUUCGAAAAAUCCCGGUGUAGCGAUCUGGUUUCUCGCUUACGAUCAGUGUGUAAUACGAUUCAACUGAAUGGAGGAAAAUGUGAUAUACCGGAAGGUGAUGAACAAAUCAUUGCCACUAUUGAUGAUAUUAUUAUGAAGGCGCUGGUUACGGCUCGACGUGAAGCAGAUGCACUACGUUUACAGCAACAUACUCAGCUGGCUGAAUUGAACGAUUUAAGGAGGGAUAUUGAAAAGUUGAGGUGA